AUGCUGAGGAAGGAGCCCCCGCCCUGCCUGGACCUGGGAAUCGUGUCACCCAGCAUCCUCCUCUCCAAAGCCCAGGAAGCCGAGGGCGGCAAGGGGACCGGCAAGCUGGCGCCCCCUCCCACCCACUUCCUCAGCCCCACCUCCCGGGUCCGCUCCUUCACCUGCUCCACCUCCGAUGGCAGCCCGCCAGGCGGGGACAAGAGCCAAGCGAAGCCCAAGGCCCCGGCCGGCCCGGAGGUUCCGGUGCUGGUCAAGAGGCCCAUCAAGCCUUCCAGGUCGGAACUCAGCCAGCAGCCCCUGCCCGCCCAGGGACAGCGGCCGCCCCUCCCGGUCAACAGCCCGGCCGUCCUGCACCUGCAGCACUCCAAGGGCCGCGACUACCGCGACAAGGCCGAGCUGCCCCACCACGCCGAGCACCGGCCGGAGGACGCGCCGCUCAGGCGGACCGCCAUGCGUGAAGCCCUUGGUGAGCCGCCAGUGAGACAGGAGCCCAGAAGAGCAAUGCGAAGCCACUAG